AUGAAGACACCGACUCAUCCGCUCCGCGCGCUCGCCCGUCGACCGACACAACUACUCCUCCCACCGACGACCCCGGCUGCAUCAUUGCACUUACACCGUGUCGAUGCCGGCUCCCGCUCCCCGACGGACGUCUGCCACGGCCAAAGACGACAGACCGCAGCCUUCUCGGUGCUCAACCGCCCGCCUCCCAACUACCCGGGCCAUGUGCCGCUCACACGCAUCGAGCGCGCCGCCCUGGCCGUCGGCUCCGGCAUCAUGUCGCUGCGAGACCCGUACCGGGGGGACCUGAUCGCGGCGCUGGGCGAGGCGACGGCGACGCCGUACUUCAUCCACCGCCUGCACCGGGCCAUGCUGGCGUCGGCGACGGGGCGGCGCAUCCUGCGCGACCGGCCGCGCAUCACGUCGCAGUCGCUGGACCUGCCGUACCUGCGCACGCUGGCGCCGUCGACCGUGGGCGGCACCUACGUGGCGUGGCUGGACCGCGAGGGCGUGUCGCCCGACACGCGCGCCGGCGUGCGCUACAUCGACGACGAGGAGUGCGCCUACGUCAUGCAGCGCUACCGCGAGAGCCACGACUUCUACCACGCGCUGACGGGGCUGCCCAUCGUGCGCGAGGGGGAGGUCGCCCUCAAGGCCUUCGAGUUCGCCAACACCCUGCUGCCCAUGACGGGCCUGUCGCUGUUCGCCCUGGCCACGCUCAAGCCCGUCGAGCGCGCCCGCUUCUGGGACGUCUACGGGCCCUGGGCCCUGCGCAACGGCCUGCGCGCCCACGAGGUCAUCAACGUCUACUGGGAGGAGGAGAUGGAGACCGACUGCGACGAGCUGCGCCGCCGGCUGGGCAUCGAGCGGCCGCCCGACCUGCGCGAGACGAGGCAGCGGGAGCGCGAGGAGCGCAGGAGGAGGAAGCAGGCGUCCGGGGCCAUGAAGAACGCCGCCGGUGCAUCGUAG